AUGAGCAGCAAUUUGAAGAGACAAAGACCCGAAGCUUCUGAGCCAGAUUCUCAAGAGCUUCCUUCAAAAAAGAGCGAAUUAGAUGGCGACGGGCCACAGCUUCUUCGGCCAGCUGCGCCGCUUCCUCCGUCUCGACCGUCGUCUGGGCUUUUCAGACGAUCCUUUUUGCCCAGCGUCGAUUUGUCACAGAGCGAGGCGCUGCAAAAGCUAAAAGCGCAGCAAGAAGAGGAAAAAGCAAAAACGCCGCUAGUCCUUCUCGAUCCAAAAAGCCAGUUUCAACCAAAAGACGCCGAAAAAUUCACUGUCGAUGCGAAUACUGCUGCUGCUAAUGGAAGUGCGAAGCCAGGGGAAACUGCCGCUACUUUCGGUAAAUUCGAAAAAGAGGAGAAAGAAGAAGUAAAGGAAGAAGCUCCGAAGAAAGAGGAAAGUGAAAAGACGGAAGAAGUCGAAAAAGAGGAAAAUGGAAAUUCUGAAAGUUCAGAGAAAUCAUUAUUGAAAGAAAAGGAAACUGUUGACGAGCCAAAAGAAAAAGUAGAGCCAACGGCGCGAAAACUCAAUCCUUUCCAAAAAGUCGCCAGUGAAACAGCGAAAUCCGGCGGUUUUGGUUCUCUGAGCAUCACUAAAAGUUCCACCGAAUCAAAGGGGCUGAAUCCCUUUCAACGUCUGGCGGCAUCAGGCGGCGGCGGCGGUUUCGGAUUCAAAAGUUUUAAACCUAAAGAAGAAACGACAGAAAUCAAGAAAGAGGAAAAUAAAGAUGAAUCUUCCAUUGUUUCCAAUUCGCCAGAAAAGGUCGCGAAUCAGAAGGAACCAGUGGCGAACGAGAAAAUUGUGACGGGCGAAGAGGAAGAGAAAAAUGUUUUACAAGUUCCGUGCAAACUUUUCCAGUUUGAUAAGAAAGAAUCGACUUAUUCUCAAAGAGGAAGAGGGACGCUCAGGGUCAAUGAUUGUGGAGAAGGAUCUGAUUUCAAAUCGCGACUGGUUUUCCGAACAUCUGGAACACAAAAAGUCGCCAUGAAUAGUAAAAUUUGGGCGAAUAUGAGCGUUGAACAAGUUGGACCAAAGAGCAUAAGGAUAUCCGCCCAAGAUACGACGAAUCCAGAAGGCGGAGUCGGCAUUUUUCUUGUUCAAACGGCGCUGCAUGAUUCAAAAGAACUCUUCAAAGCCAUUGAUUCUAGGAUUAUUAAGAUGAAAACUGCAGAAUCGUCAAAUUUGAAAUAG